AUGUUGGCUGACGGCAGCAGCAGCAGCAGCAGUGGAUUUCCAUCUCCUGCAUCGCUGCUGCUGGCUCCAACAGCUACAGCAGCAGCAGGGCUUUUCAGUGGCAAGCGCAGCAGCGACGCCAGCGAAAAGCAGCAGCAGCAGCAGCAGCAGCAGCAGCAAAUGAUGCGGCUUGUGCUAGAACUGUGGGGCCCCCGCUUUGUUUCAGAUGUUUUGGCCUGGGAAGCCCUCACGUUCCCUACCGUCCCAUCAGCAGCAGCAGCAGCAGCUGCUGCUGCUGCUGCUACUUCUGAGAGCAGCAAAAACAAGCUCGACAAGCAUCAGCCUCGCAGAGGGUGCGACAAAUGCUGCUGCUGCGGCGCGUGCUGCAGCAGCUGCUGCUGCUGCUGUUUGCUGAAGGAAGCUGAGAGAAGACUGAGACAAGAAGCAGCGCUGCCGCCGGCGCAGCCGCCGCCGCAGCAGCAGCAGCAGCAACAUCACUACCUUCAGCAGCAGCAAAAGGGUCUCCCGUCCGCCACGCGAGUUGUGAAGGAGUACGCGCAGAAGGUAGCAGCAGCAGCUGCUGCUGGGCAGCAGGAGCAGCUGCAGCAGCUGCUGCAGGGCCUCAGGGAGGAGCCGGACAUGCAGCUGCUGCUGGGGCCACAGUUCGAAGACAGCAGCAGCAGCACAAGCAGCAGCAGCAUCAGCCUUCUCUGGCAGCAACAGAAGCUGGCUUUGCACGCCGCACAGCAGCAGCAGCUGCAGCAGCAGGAGCAGCAGCAGCAGCAGCAUUGA